AUGGAGACUAGCACUAUAGUAUUUAGUAUGAGUGUACUUGUUGUUUUAUUGGGCUUGGUUGGAUCCGACCCGGAUCCACUCCAAGAUUAUUGUGUGGCUGAUACCAAAAAAGGUACUAGAGAAAGUUUUUAUAAUGGUGUGCCAUGUAUCAAUCCACAAAAUGUAGAUGUUUCCCAUUUUGCAACAUCAGCAUUGUCCAAGGCUGGUAAAAUUGGCAUAGUAUUUGGUUUCAAUGCGACACUUACUACAAUUUUCAAUUUGCCAGGUAUGAACACUCAAGGACUCACUAUGGCAAGAAUAGACAUUGGUCCCAAUAGCCUUGUGUCCCCUCAUUCCCACCCUCGAGCCUCAGAAGUGGCUAUUUUACUAAAGGGUUCACUUUUAGUUGGAUUUAUUAACACAUCAAAUCACUUAUUUACCCAAAAAUUAAGACCAGGAGAUUCUUUUGUUUUUCCAAAAGGUAUGAUCCAUUUUCUUUAUAAUACUGACUCUAAGGUGCAAGCAUUGGCCUUGUUUGGGCUGAGUAGCCAGAACCCUGGUGUCCAAAUGGCUUCCCCGGCCGCGUUCGCGACAUGCCCAACUAUGCCAGAUGAAGUAUCUAAAAAGUUAUUUCAGAUCAACGAUCAGGAUGGUACGAGAAUCAGGACAAGCCUUGAAGGAUGA